UUGUGCAGCUGUUCUUUCGGAAAUCACCUUCUCCCUUCUGUCCUCCUGUCUCCAGUUGCAGACUGCAAAGCCCCCCGAGAAAUCUCGCACAGUUUCGUCACCUUCUCCACCCCGCAAAACCUGACCACGUACCAGUCGGAGAUCCGGUAUGUCUGCCAUGAGCCGUUCUACCAAAUGGUUCCCAACGUCACCGGGAUCUUCACCUGCGACGCCAAAGGAGUUUGGAGAAGCAGCGAGCUGGGGACCCGUCGGCCCUCCUGCCAGCCAGUGUGUGGACAACCCAGCCGCGCUCUGCCCACCCUGGUCAAACGAAUAAUCGGCGGGAGAAACGCAGAACCUGGCUUUUUCCCCUGGCAAGCUCUGAUCGUGGUCGAGGACACGUCACGGGUGCCCAAUGACCGGUGGUUCGGCAGCGGGGCCCUCUUGUCCGAAUCGUGGGUGCUGACUGCCGCCCACGUCCUCCGUUCCCAGCGACGGGACAACACGCUCACCGCCGUCUCCAAAGAACACGUCAAUGUCUACCUGGGCCUUCACGACGUCCGGAACAAAAUCGACGCGGUCAACCGGACGGUGGAGGAGAUCAUCCUCCAUGAGUCUUUCGACAUCCAGAAUUACAACCACGAUAUCGCAUUGGUCAAGUUGAAAGAGAAGGUGACCAUGGGACCUUACAUCAUGCCGGUUUGUGUACCCCAGGAUCCGCGGGAGUCGGGAGGACCUCAACCCAACAUGUUGGGCUUGGUGGCCGGUUGGGGCAUCUCCAACCCUAACGUCACGGUGGAUGAGGUGAUCAGUUCUGGGAUGCAGACCUUGUCGGAUGUCCUUCAGUACGUGAAGCUACCUGUGGUCCUCCACGAGGAGUGCAAGACAAGUUACGAGUCCAGAUCGGGUAACUACAGCGUGACAGAGAACAUGUUCUGUGCUGGUUAUUAUGAAGGAGGGAAGGACACCUGCCUUGGAGACAGUGGAGGCGCAUUCGUCAUCCGAGACUUGGACAACCAGAGGUGGGUGGCCCAAGGAUUGGUCUCCUGGGGUGGACCAGAAGAAUGUGGCAGCAAGCAAGUCUACGGGGUUUACACCAAGGUGUCCAACUAUGUGGACUGGCUGCAGGAGAAAACGGGGUGGGCCUCCCUGGAUUCCAAUCUGGAGAAGAGAUGAACCGGAUGAAGGUGAGACCCAACCCAAGGACCGAACCCUGUGUUUGAAGAACCUCAACCAAGCGCGGCGACAUUCCAAAUUCUUUGAGGGCAUUAUGGACAGGGAGAAAGAUCUGGAGAUCUUGCAUCGAAUUUCAGACACUCCAACUUCAACGUUGCUUUCCUGAGAAGAAGCAACAUUCUCACGGUACUUCCAGGCAAAUUUCCAGAAAGUGUGGUUGGCGUCUAUUUGAACGGCAUCAUAUGGUAUCGUUUAAAACUUUCUUCCCCAGCUUUUCGGUUGUUGGCGAAGGGACCGUUGAAAGAUGCGCCAAAUCUUGUCAUUUUGUAGAAAGGGGGAAACUUAAGAAGGGUGAUUCAAGACUGUGUCGGGCGCUAAGACAGUGUUCCUUCAAUUUUUAAGACGUGUGGACUUCAAUUCCCAGAAUUCCCCAUACUAGCUGGCGAAUUCUGAGAGUUGGAGGGCAAUCGUGAAAGAUCCGGAGGUUGAGAAACACGGUUGGUGGAACGUUUUCUCCCUCUAGUGGCCGCUUCUGGAAUAGGCAUCUGGUCCUUUGAAAGUUAGAAAGACAUUUUGAACCUCUGUCAAAUGUACCCCCAAAUCUGAAUGGUAGGGUGGAUUUUUCCAGGUGAAGGGAAAUCUCCCUGGAGAAAUAUGGACCUCCCAAAUUCAGUGAGACACUCCAAACAUUGGUAUGGUUGUGGUUGUGUACAACAUUUCAGGGCUGUUCAGCCUUUCGUUUAUCCACAUCCAUCUUUGAGUACAAAUUAUUUUCAUUUCUUUAACCAUCUUCUAACCAUCAUUUCUCAUUCUCCUCUACCUCAUCCCCCAAAAGAAAAAGAAAAAAAAUUCAGAAAACAUUGGGACAGACAGAAAUAGAAGCUUCUAGUGGAGAUAUUCCUCUUUCCUUGCAAAGCGUGAUGAGUUUGCGCCACCGUUUAAAGCAGAUUCGAUUGCUUUGCAAGAAAGAUAGAGCAAUAUACAGCUACUCCUCGACUUACGACAUCUCAAUUUAAUGACCGUUCAAAGUUAGAACGGCACUGAAAAAAAAGUGACUUAGCGUGGUUUUUCACACUUACGGCCCUUGCAGCAUCGCCAUUGGCCACGUGCCCAGAAUUCAGCACCUGACUCGUAUUUACGACGGUUGUCGUGUCUCGGGUUCAGGCGAUCCCCUUUUGCAACCUUC